AUGUAAUCAGAGGACAAUGAAGCUUAAUUAAUUUCAUCAAGUUAGUAUUACACUAAUAAUUCGAACUAACAGAUCAAUAAUUCGAAUUAACUUGAAACUCCUCUAGUUGAAGAAAACAUUUGCCAAUGGAAUCAAAACAUGCCCUAUAAUAUAGCUGAUAUUCCCAACCCUUCAUUAGACAAUAUUCUAAAGGUUUUAAAGUACUCUUACUCGAAGAAGUGGAGCUAUAUAGGUUUAGGGCACAACAAUAUUAUAUUACUUAACCUUUUUUAAGAUAUUUCUUAAACUAACAAUAAAAAUAACCAUGAUUUUAUAAGCACCCAUCAGAAUAUAGAUAAUCAAAAUCCUCUACCUCAUAUCUUAAAAUUAGCAGAAAAGGCAAUAUAAGCGUGCUUAUCUCAAAACAACAUUUAAAAAACAUCAUCUAUAAUAAUUUAAGGAAUUAGUGGAUCAGGUAAAACUUAAGCUUGUUAUAAUAUCCUAAAAUACAUUACAAUAAAGUCUAAUAGUGAAUUAUUAAAAUAUAAUACUCCAAGCAUAGAAAAAAGUAUUUUAUCUACUAGAGUCAUACUUGAUGCUUUCGGAAAUGCAAAGACAAUAAAUAAUCCUGACUCAUCCAGAUAUGGUUUCAAUUUAUAAAUUCACUUUGACAAUUAAAAGAAAAUCAGAGGUGCAAAAGUUAUUACAAUCCUGUUUUAAGGAAGUCGAGUCAUAUAAAAACGAAAAAUGGAAAGAAAUUUUCAUAUAUUCUAUCAAUUAUAUAUUGCUUAUAAGAGAAUUUAAGACUUAAAAAGUUUUGCGUAAUAGAAUAAGGACUAUUUUCCAGAUAUAGUUAAGAUAGUUGAGGAGAUCGAAAAAUUGCAACUUAAUUCUGACUUUGCCAUUUUAGAAUCUCAUAGGGAUUCCGACUCAGAUUAGCAAAUUGAGAAGGACUUUGAAAAUUUUAAGAAACUUCUCUUAGCUUUUAGGGAUCUCAAUUUCAGUUUAUAACACAUUCUAGAUAUAAUCUAAUGUGUUGCUGGCCUUAUUCAUUUAUAUGAAUAUAAUUUUACUUAGGCGUAAGAAUUGUUGAAAAUUCAAGUUCUUGAAACCACUAUUAAUUAAAAAAUCCAAGACUCUAUUUAAAGCAAAAAGCUUUAAUUAGAGUCUAUCGUCAGUAAUAUAAUUGUUGAUUUCUAUUUUAAUCUAUUUUAGUGGAUUCAAAAUAAAAUAAAUUAAAAUCUCUCUUCAGGAUUCGAUUAAAAUCAAUAAUAUACAUUAAAUAUUUUUGAUAGUUUUGGAUUAGAUAUUGUAGAAAAUGAAUUAGGAAUGUAAGAAAAUAAGCUGGAAUAGUUAAUGUAAAAUUAUGUCUAUGAAAAAUUGUUAAACACUUUUUAUAAUCAGAUAUAAUAUAAUGCAUAUAAUUUAUUUCAAUCAGAAAACUUGAAUCAAUAACAUGAUACUAUUAAAAAAAAUGAUGAAAUAAUUUCAUUAUUCGAAAAUGUCAUAUUCUAUUGUUUAAGGAAUUUCGAUAGAAAAUAGGGUAAAUCAAUAAAGGACAUGAUUAAAGAAUAAGCUUAAAAUGCUGGAGUUGAAAAUGUAUUCAUAGCUGAACCAAAAAUGGGGGAAAAUUUAACACAAAGUCAGUGGUCUUGCUAUUAGAAAUAAAGUGUAAUUGGCAUCAAACAUACAGGAAAUGAAAUACAUUACGAGAUUGAGGCUGUAAUUAAGAAUAAUUAAACAGAAAGCGAUAUUAUACAAAAGAUUAACACGUUUAGCUAAAACUCAAUAAUUAAAUCAUUUAUUCUUCAACCUAAAGAUCAAAAAAUAACAGAUGAAACUUAAUAAGCCAUCAAUAGGUUGAUUGGAUUAUUUGGGGUAUAGUAUACAUUUUUUGUCAAAUGUUUCUCAACAAAUUAUGAGUAAGCAAUUUCAUCUGAUAAUAAUGUCAUAAAUACUGAAUUAAUGUAAAGUGGAAUAGAAUAAAGUGCUUUGUUAUUAUGUUAGUCCUAUUUUGUAAGCAUACCUAGAUAAGAAUUUGUUGCUAGAUAUGUUAAUAUAUUUCAAACUAUUAAAACUGAAGAGUAGUUAAAAUAUUAUAUUCAUUACUACAAUAUAGAUAAAGAGCUAUAUUAUUUUGGAUCAAAUAGUGUUUUGAUAAAAGAACAUUUAAAAAACAGUCUUGCUGAUAAAUAUAAUAAUGAUUUAAUGUGUUUACAUAAUUCGCAAAACUACGAUUAUUACGUUUAGAAAGUAAAGGAAAUCAAUGAAGAUUAAAAUAGAAAAUGUCUAUAAAUUAAGUCAGAUAUGUAAAAAAGGGAUAAAGAAAUAGAUGAAUUAAAAUAGAGAGAAAAAAAUUUAGAACAAUCUAAUAUACGAUUAAAGGCAAUAUUGUAGAAAAAUUUCCAAAAUAAUGAUCGAUUAAUGAGUGAUUUGAAAAAAUUGUAAGCAAAUUGA